GAUUCCGGGUUUCCCGCGAAACAAAGCAUCUCAUAAUUGCGUUCGAUUUCCUGCUUUAAGGCAAAAGUCAAGAUUAAUCCGAGUUUUUUCGCCUUUUUUGUUGUUGUUGGUUGUAAGUAGGUACCUACCUAACUACCUACAAACCUUGCUACAAUUUUCGUUUUUUUCUAAAAUUAACACGAGUUACCUUAUUAUCAUUACGGAAUGGCUUCUGAAGCCAAUGCAGUUAUUCGAUCUGAGAAUCAAGAUAAUCGGACUUCACCUGGAAUAUGUUACUCUCCACAUAGUCGUCUAGCUGCUUGGGCAAAUCAGGGUGUGUCUCCAUCUGGAAUUGAAUCUAAUGAUGCAACAGUUUGUAGAAAAGGCCAAAAUUUAGGUCUAAUAUGUGUGGUUUGUGGCGAUACGAGCUCAGGGAAACAUUACGGAAUUUUAGCAUGCAAUGGAUGCUCGGGAUUUUUUAAGAGAAGCGUCAGAAGAAAACUAAUUUAUAGAUGUCAAGCAGGAACAGGACGAUGUGUUGUAGACAAAGCUCACAGGAACCAAUGUCAGGCUUGUCGGUUAAGAAAGUGCCUUCAAAUGGGAAUGAACAAAGAUGCCGUACAGAAUGAACGCCAGCCUCGAAACACAGCCACUAUUCGACCAGAAGCACUGCGGGAUAUGGAGCAUGGACGUGCUCUAAGGGAAGCGGCUGUAGCCGUUGGCGUUUUUGGACCUCCAGUGCUAUUAUCGCCCCCGUGUUAUGGUCCAGCCUUGCUUUCUCCACCCUCUUUAGCGGGAAUGCCUACAUCGCGGUUGCUGCACCAUCCACAAGUUCCGACCUCGAUGCAAUUGUCGAAUAAUCUAUCGCAUCAUGCUUCAAGUUUUAGUUUUAGCAGCAAUAAUAACAACAACAAUAAUACUAACAACAAUAAUAAUAAUAUGUUAAACAAUAAUAACAAUAGUAAUAAUAAUAAUAACAAUAGUAAGACAUGUGAUUUAACUAAUAUUGCUAUUACAUCAACAAACUCGAGCAACAACUCAACAUCGCCUAAUUUGCCUUCAAUAGAAGCUGGAGGAGGAGGGGGAGAAAUUAAUCAAACUAACGGGAGUGCGUCAUCUAUUAGCUCAAUAAGUCCUCUGCCGGAAAAUGAUAACGAUGAUGACUCUAUAGAUGUCACCAACGAUGAGGAUUCAAUAGACCGGAAAAAUGUUUCGUUAAAACAAUCUCCAAUAGCUCAAUUUACAUCUGCUUCAUUAUAUGGCCAUCCCCAAGAAACAAUUUAUGAAACCAGUGCUAGACUUCUUUUUAUGGCAGUAAAAUGGGCUAAGAAUUUACCAAGCUUCGCUAGUCUUGCCUUUCGUGACCAGGUUAUUCUCUUAGAGGAAUGCUGGGCUGAACUUUUUUUAUUAAAUGCAAUUCAAUGGUGUCUUCCAUUAGACUCAACAGGAUGUUCCCUAUUUUCUGUUACCGAACACUGCAAUAAUAAUUCAUUCAGCUGCUCACUAAAGGGCGAGAUUGCUACGGAUAUUCGUACCUUAAACGAUACAUUUUGUAAAUAUAAAGCAGUUUUUGUAGAUCCAGCCGAAUUUGCCUGUCUGAAAGCAAUUGUUUUAUUCCGACCUGAGACAAGAGGACUUAAAGAUCCAACGCAAAUUGAAAACCUACAAGACCAAGCGCACGUAAUGCUAGCUCAGCACUCAAGAACACAAUUUACGGCACAAAUAGCACGUUUUGGAAGACUUCUGUUAAUGCUGCCUUUAUUAAAAAUGGUCAACUCACACAAAAUAGAAUCUAUUUUUUUCCAAAAAACAAUUGGUAAUACGCCUAUGGAAAAAGUAUUAUGUGAUAUGUAUAAGAAUUAA